CCAAUGUUCCCUGGGAUAGGCUCCAGGCUCCAAGCUCCCCGUGACCCAGUAGGAUAACUGGUAUAGAAAAUCGAUGGAUGGAUGGAUGAAGUCCUGUAAACAUCCUCCUAACCUCAAGAGGGCGCUGCGAAAAAUCCCAUCCACGGGAUUGAUCACAUAAACUCUUAUGCUCACGUGGCCACGUUGCUUGGUGACGAAAAAGCCUGGUUUGACAAUUUCCUGUAGCAUCGCUGCCACUAAAAAAAAAAAAAAAAAAUCAAAUCAAAAGUUUGAAUUUGGAUACUAUCAGCAAAAAUACUUGCUCGUGCAUCAAGUGAAGAUUAGUCGAUUGAUCCGCCAUGUAAAACUACGAUUAGAGAAUUUACCGAGAAUUAUGGAGAGCUAUGUUUUCAUCCGAGUAGUGGGGAAGGGGAGUUACGGUGAGGUGAACCUGGUGCAACACAAAUCUGAGCGUAAACAGUAUGUCAUCAAGAAGCUGAACCUGAGAACAUCGUCGAAGCGAGAGCGCCGGGCGGCUGAACAGGAAGCGCAGCUCCUGUCACAGCUCAAACAUCCCAACAUCGUCACCUACCGGGAAUCAUGGGAAGGAGAAGACUAUCAGCUUUAUAUAGUUAUGGGCUUCUGUGAGGGAGGAGACCUGUAUCACAGGCUGAAGCAGCAGAAGGGUGAGCUGCUGCCUGAGAGACAGGUGGUGGAGUGGUUUGUCCAGAUCGCCAUGGCACUGCAGUAUUUACAUGAGAAACACAUCUUGCACCGAGAUCUGAAAACGCAGAACAUCUUCCUGACCAAAACCAACAUAAUCAAAGUGGGUGAUCUGGGCAUCGCACGUGUUCUGGAGAAUCAGAACGACAUGGCCAGCACCCUGAUCGGAACGCCGUACUACAUGAGUCCUGAGCUUUUCUCCAACAAGCCGUACAACUACAAGUCGGACAUUUGGGCUCUGGGCUGCUGCGUGUACGAGAUGGCGACUCUGAAACACGCCUUCAAUGCAAAAGACAUGAACUCGCUCGUGUACCGUAUCGUAGAGGGAAAGUUGCCUCAGAUGCCAUCUAAGUACGAUCCUCUGUUAGGAGAGCUGAUCAAGCGAAUGCUGUGUAAGAGGCCAGACGACAGACCUGAUGUCAAACACAUUCUGCGGCAGCCCUACAUCAAACAGCAGAUCGCCGCCUUUUUGGAAGCCACUAAAGAGAAAACUGCCAGAUCCCGAAAGAGGGUGAACAGCAGGCCUAACAGAGACACGCCAAGAGAAGUGCCUGUUCUGCAAAAUCAGGAGCCGCACUGUGUCAACUCUGAGCAGAAAAGCAGAGGAAAAAGGUCAGAGGAAAAUCAAUCCAAACAUCACAACGGCAUAAAGGACAAUAUUCUCCCAAACCCACCCCUGUUAAUAAACUCCCCAAGUCAGGACAUUCAGGAAGUCCUGAAUUCGACAGAUCAGAACGUAGCAACCAUCAGCAACAUUGACAUCGACAUCCAACCUCAGGAACACAGAGACAAGCUCCGGAAAGUGAAACCCCAUCGAAAAGGAAACCUUAUCGGAAAGGAAGAACGCUCGCUCGUUUCACAGAGUUCGAGUGGGACAGAACCGCCAAAACCCACGGAAAGAAUCGAACCUGUAAAAGACAGCAGAGCUCCGUUUGGGGAGGAGGACACCAUGAAACUGCUGCAGCAGGCAGCGAUGGAGGACAUAAAAACCGGCAAGCGGGACACUACAGAGGCCAAGGAGGACCAAAAAACCGAGGCAGAGCAUCCUUUAAGAGAAAGAGGGACCAGUCUGGAAUCCACCGAUAAGCUGCUUGAGCCAUUUAUUCCAGUGGCGCUCAUGGAGUCUCACAAGCCAGAGCAAACUGCAGCUCCUUCAGAAACCAGCAAGCAUCAUAUUCGUCCUCCUUUCUCUUCCGCGGAGCCAUCCGUGUCCCGUCAGCGCAGACAGAAUAAGGGAGAUGUGGCCCACGAUGAGAGCAAAAUUAAAGCAGCCAACUCCAGGCCUCUGCCUCCACUUCUUGAAAAUUCCCCAACCGUAGGCAUAAAAAGGAGAGAAGGAAGUGAAGUUGAGAUGGCUAAACACUCUACACACUCUCAACCUGAUCACCAACAUGACCCUACACCCCAGAAUCGGCUUCUCUCAGCCCGAGAGAGGAGGCGGCUGAAGAAGUCACGAGAAAACCAGAGCGACUCAGGAGCUCCUGCUGUCAGAAGGGCGUCGUGCGAUGUUGCCUCGUUAAAUGCCAAGCACACAGACCAGCCUGAUUGCCCGAGACCUGCCAGUGUACCAGCUGUAACGCACAAGAAUCGGCUUCUAUCAGCCCGAGAGAGGAGGCGGCUGAGGCUGUCACGAGAAAACCAGGGCGAGUCAGCAGCUCCUGCUGUCAGAAGGGCGUCGUGCGAUGUUGCCUCGUUAAAUGGCAAGCACACGGACCAGCCUGAGAGGAAAUCAUCAAGGCGUCACUCGGAUGAGGAGGAGUGCAGCUCAUCCACCAGCACCACAGAGCGCUCUGAGGGAGACUACAGAGAGAGCAAAAGCGAGACCACCGAGAUGCAAGACCUGGUCCAGAUGAUGACGCAGACAUUACGAAUGGACGCCAGAGACGUCCUGUGUGAGCAGGAAAGCUCGCGGUCCAACUCGGCCAUGCUGCCCGAGUUCAAACUGAACAGGACGUACCGAGACACGCUGAUGAUUCAUGGGAAGAGCAGAGAGGGAGAGCGCGACUUCCAUCUCAGUGACUUCCGAUCAGAUGACUCUUCAGGACCGGCUAAGAUCAGGAGAGCCGUGGAGCACUUGCGCACAGACGUGGUUAAAGGACUCGGAGUGAAACUGCUGGACAAAGUCCUGGACAUCCUGCAGGAGGAGGACGAGGACAAGCGAGAGGUCUUGCUACGGCAGCAGAUGGGGGAAGAGAAGUACAGAACGUACGCUGUUAUGGUGCGGCAACUAAAAUUCUUCGAGGACGUCGCGUUCAAAUGCUGAGCAAAUCCGCUGACACGCAAACCCUGAUCUUGUCUCCACUGAUGAUUAGUGGACUUUGUCGGUUAUACUUUGAUUUCCUUUGUAAUUAUGAACUGAUACAAUGCACUGAAUGAAUCGCGUGUAUUUAUGCAACUGAUCUCAAUGACCAGCGUUUCGUUUCUCCUGUAUGAUUGUAAACUUCUGAUCCGGUUCUAUAUUGAAAGUCAACAUUUUUCUA